AUGGGGGCCCCCGACUUGCGGUUGUUCCUGCUGCCUGCGACGGCAGCGCUUGCCGCGUCUGGCGGCGCACCGCAAGGCGCGCUCUCGCGCCGCGUGAGCUCCCAAGGCGCCGAACCGACCACUGUGGAGGGCGUUCUCGAGCUGUUCGGACUACCUGGGGAUCCAGAGCUGCUCCGCGGCGAGCUGCGAGCACGACUGCGUGGACUGCCUGUCGUACCGCCAUGGGUGGCCCCUGCGCUGGAAUCCAUGCAAUGUUAUUCCUGCGACAGCGAGUCGUGCCCAAGCGGCCUGAGCUUGAAGACUGGCCCCAUGUUGCCCUCCGCGCAGGCCUGCGAGCCACCGGACCAGGCACAGUGCUGCGACACCACCACAUCGUCGACCACUUCCACGACUUCGGCCACAUCAUCGACAUCGACCAUAAGUACCACUUCCUGCACCACUAGCACGCUCAGCACGACGACUUCUACGACUUUGACCACAACGACGACCUCCACGUCGACCUCGAGCACCACGACCACCUCGACCACGCCCUUCGGCGGUCCGUUUGACUGCACAGCCGAUUAUGAAGACCUUGCCACAGCUUGGUCUGGUUGGAAGCUCCAGUGGUGCUGCGAGAAUGAGGGCAUGGGGUGCCCCACGGUGACGAGCACGCUCACGGUUCUGACCGAAACAAUCACAAGUUUGACUGCGUCAUCUAUCACCACCGUCUCCUCGACGACUGUCUCCUCAUCAACGACUCUCUCCUUAACCGUGACCACAGCUUCAGCGACCACUUUCACGGCGUCCACAAGCAGCUUCACCGUCGAAUCGGGCUGUCAGUCAGCCAUGGACCUGCAGGAUGCAUGCACGCUGUGGAGCAUGACGGAGCUUUCGUGGUGUUGCAGGCACAGUGGGUACGGAUGCCCGUUAUAUGAUUGCGACGCAGGAUUGGAUGAGGCGGAAUUUGGAUGGUCCAACCCCAAGAUGAGUUGGUGUUGCACGUGCAUGGAGAAGGGGUGCGUCACAUCGACGUCGACAUUGUCAGACACCACGAAGUCGGACACCAUCACGCGUACAUCGUUGUCCACUACAACAACCAGCACGACCACCCUGACCACCACUACAACCAGCACGACAACGUCCACAACGUCGUCUCACGUGUUUUGCGACUGGAGCAACACAACUUCCUGUCCGUGCGGAACAGUCUGCACUGGAUGCGCCCCCAGCGACUUCGAUACCAGCGUGUGCUGCGUGGACCGUUGCGGCCUGGAGUUUGCCCUGGGCGAGUUCGGGCUGCCCAUUCAAGGCGCAGCGGACCUCCAACUGCAGCUUGCCGCAAAGCUUGAAGGUGCCGAUCAGCCAGGGGCCACCUGCAACGCAUUGAUGGAAGCCGGCAGCCCCAGUAACUGCACUGCAGACCUGGCAAGCGGGGAGCGCUGCUGGGCCGAGUGCCCCGAGGACAUGCUUGCGGUGGGCUUCUUCUCGUGCUUGGAUGGCGUCACGGUUGGUACAUCUGAGUGCUGGUAA